AUGGCUCCUAUCUCAUCAAAUUCAUUCAAUACCAGCCAGUCUGUCUUGGAUCAGUUUGGAAAUCCAACUGAUGUACCAGAUGAUCAGCUUAUUGAGUCAAUUUUUGCAGAAAAAAAGACAGUACACGCAGAAGAUGCAAUUGAUUAUGAGGACAUCGAUGAAUUGGCUGAUGACGAGUCGCCCAUAGAAUCGAGUAGUUUGAGGCAAAGAGAGUCUAAUGGUGAUGUUGACCUUGACCUUGACCUUGAAAAUGGUGUUGAUGCUGAUGUUGAGGUUGAUAUGGGUAUAGAUAUCGACGAUGAAUUUGACCAGAUGAUACGAGAGCAGCCAGAGCUGCGAUUUGAUGAAAUUAGUCAGGCUGAGCAGCAUAGAGCAGAGGAGCUCGCAGAUGAUCAAUUUGAAGAAAUGUUUGGAGAUAUGGAAGGUUCCGAAGAAAUUGGUGAAGUUGCAAAUGAUCAUUUCAACAAUCUUGAUUUGCACUUGGGUGUUAAGGUAGUAGAGGAAGAAGAUGAAGGUCGCAACGACUUCCAUGAUCUCGAUGAUAUGUUUGAAGAGCUGGGAAAGACAAGUGGGACGAACGAAACAAGUGAGAUGAAACCGCCGAGUGAUCUGAGCGAGCUGAGAAAGCUUCAAACAACAACCGAAAACGAAAACGAAAACGAAAACGAAAACGAAAACGAAAACGAAAAGACAAGAAUAGCAUUAAGGGAGCAGAAACGAGAAAAAGUACGACGUGCGAUACAAGAGUUGCAGCUGCGGCGAACUCAAAAGACUUUGGUUCAUUACUUUCCCUUGUACUCGGCUGACAAGUCGCUUGAUUUCCAUAAAGUAUUAGCUCCUGCACCCAAAUAUUAUAGGUACGCCAGACCUCAUAUAUCAUUUAGAAAGAUUGUAAAAAGUCUAGUGCCAACAAAACCCAAGUUGGAGCUUGAUCUAGACGACAAGAGAUUAUUCAAGCAAGUACACUCCAUGGCCGACAACAAUAGAACUAUUAACACAACUACGAUUACCCAGGAUGAUCUUGAGGUUGCGCGAAACUUGGAGCAAAAGCGUUCUAAAAUAGAUACAUUUAUUAAGCAAUUAGAAUACGUGAAGCGUGAUUGGCAUAAUGAUAAUAUUUUUAAAAAUUAUUCAAAAGAUUUGGUGUUGUCAAAUACUGACUGGGAUGAUGAAGCAAUUUUGAAUGCUGGCGAUACAAUUAAAGAUGAGCAACGGCGACCAUUUCGUUCCUUUUAUGGACAUACUGCAGCAGAGAAGGCCGAGGAAGAACAAGCUGAAGAAGAAGAAGAACAGCAACAAGAAGAAGAAGAAGAAGAAGAAGAAGAAGUAUCUGCAGCAGCAGCAGCAAAAGAUGAUAAUGGUGAAGAGAAAGUUGGUACAAUGGGUGCAAAUGGUGAAAUUGGUAAAAGAAACAAAAAGAAUAAACGAGAGAAAAGAACGGGCCAUCUUUUUGACGAAGACAUUUAUGAGGGCCGCAUUGAUAUUGACUCAUUCAAGCUUGAUCUCAAUGAUCCCAAUCUUCUCUUUGUUCCACAGAAAGACGCAAUUUCGCGUAAAACCAAAACAAGUGUAUUAACGCAUUCUGCACUAGCUGAUCGUUUCAAAAUUUCGAACGACGACGAAUAUGAGGUUUUGCGUAAAAACUACAACACAAAACAGAGAUCUCAGUUGAGCAAUCUCAAUAUCGAACAUUCUGUUCCAGCGUUACGACUACAGACGCCUUAUUAUAAGGUGAAGAUGUCGAGAACAGAUUUGAGAUCAUUCCACCGUCCAAAUUUUAAUGUGAGACCUGGUACUCUAGUAAGUUUUUCGAGACUCAAGAUUAGAAAAAAGAAAAAGGAUAAAGGCAAGUCUUUACAUGAAGUUUUUGCCAAGACAACGGACCUUAGUACUGCCGAUACUGCAAACAUUGUGGCUCUUGAAUACUCUGAACAAUAUCCUUUUGUAUUAUCGAAUUUUGGAAUGGGAUCAAAAUUGAUCAAUUAUUAUAGAAAAGAGAAAGAAGAUGAUACUUCGCGACCCAAGGCGCAAGUUGGAGAAACACACGUUUUGGGGUUAGAAGAUCGUUCGCCGUUUUGGAAUUUUGGUGAAGUUGCACCUGGUGAUUUUGUGCCUACGCUAUAUAACAAUAUGGGCCGUGCCCCGAUUUUCAAACAUGAUCCAAGAAAUACUGAUUUUUUGUUAGUGAGUUCGCAGGGAGCUGGUUCACAUCAAAGGUACUUUUUAAGAGCGAUAAAUUUCAAUUUCGCUGUUGGAAAUGUGUUUCCAUCUGAGAUCCCGGCGCCUCAUUCUAGGAAAGUAACAAAUAUCUCCAAAAAUAGGCUCAAAAUGAUUGUUUAUAGGGUCAUGAAUGCAAAAGGAGCGCCUCGAAUAGUUGUUAAAGAUGUUUCAAAGCAUUUUCCAGAGCAGACCGACAUGCAAAGUAGACAAAGACUCAAGGAGUUUAUGGAGUACCAAAGACAGGGUGAUGAUCAAGGAUUCUGGAAAGUACGUGGAAUGGAUGACAAUAUACCGAGUGAAGAGGAUAUUCGAGCAAUGAUUACUCCUGAAGAUUCUGCCAUGGUUGAUAUUAUGCAAUGUGGGCAACAAUUAAUAGAAGACAAUAGUGUAUUAUUUGGCGAUAAGAGAAGAGAUGCAAAAAAGAAAUUAGAAGGUAAAGAUGGCAAAGACAGCAAGGAAGGAGAUGCUGAAGAUAUUGGUGGUACAGAUGUUAAUGAUGACAAGAAGGAGAAAUCAAAGAAGCUUAAGGAGGGAGAGAGUGAGAUCGACCUUGAAGAAGAGAUGGCACCGUGGAAUCUUUCUCGGAAUUUUGUUGUUGCCAAUCAGACCAAAGCAAUGCUUCAACUUAAUGGCGAGGGUGAUCCCACUGGUAUUGGUUUGGGGUAUUCCAUGCUUCGUGCUUCUCAAAAGAAUCCGUUCAAGCCAAAGUUUCCACCUCCACCAGAAGUUGUCCCCAAGAGUAACUCUGCUGCAUAUAACCAGAAAUUAUAUGAACAAGAAAUUAAUCGAAUUUGGUACUCGCAAAGAAGCUCUUUGGUUGACCAUGGUCCAGAUUUUGAUCUUGAACAAAUUUACAAAGAGUACGUACCAGCAGAUCACGAGGCUUAUUAUCUUGGCAAGGAGAAGCAAGAUAUGGAGGACGAUGAGCAAAGUUUCAAAAAGAGUGAAAAGAAGAUACUCAAGAUCUCGAGACAAGUGCGCGACCAGCACGGUAUAUUGCAGAGAAAGACCGAUAUCAUUAUUGACCCUAGGUUGAUUAGGGCCUAUAUCAAGAGAAAGAAAAUGUUGGAGGACGAGUUGCUUCGAAAUGCUGAUGUGGAUGAAAUUUUGCCCACCAAUGAUAAAGAAUUGAAUGCUUUACGUCGUAAAGCAUUGGAAGAGAAACUUGCUAAUUUGGAAAAACGGGCUAAACAAAGCAAAGCAAAGAAAGCUCCAAAUGAUGCAAUUCAUGCUGCUGCUGCUGCGGGUGCCACCAUUAUUGAUGCAAACACUGUGAUGAUGCCCGAUGGUACUUAUGUCAUUGGAGGCAAGGGAAUUGGAAAGGGAAAAAGCACUACGCGUAGAUGCAAAUCGUGUGGUUCGUUUGGCCACAUUAGAACCAAUAAGGCGUGUCCCUUGUAUAAUCAAAUGAUUACCGGGUUAUUGCCUCAGAAGCCAGAUAGUCAAGGAUCAGGCGGUGAUAGCUCUGAAACAUUUUCUUCACUGGGAGUGAAGAUAGAGAGCGGUAGUCCCUAUGCAGACGAGGCAGGCUCUCCCAGUCCUGGAUUCUUAUCUGGUAGCACAUCAGCAGUAGCCAGUCCCUCUCCUCAUAUUACAAACUAA